AUGGCUUUGCAAGCGUCCUGGCGACUACGCGUAGGAUUCUGCAGCACAUCGAAUUUCGUGCUCAGACAAUGUUGCCGUCAAUUCUCAGCUACCAAACCGGCACCAACGCCGAACCGGAUCUACACCUCUGUACGAACACCUGACGAGCUACAUACGCUCACCCUGCUCUCCGCAAGCAGUCGUCGACCAUUGAUUACCCUUUGGACCGCCCGCUACAAUCCCAACUCCAUAGCCGUUGCUCCAACUAUUCUCGAGCUCAUCGAAACAGAAGGCUGUGGACAAAGUGAGGGUGGCGUUGGAUAUGCGGAAGUAGAGUUUGAUUCCGUGAUCAUCGGAGAUCUGCCGCUCCAAAUUCAGGUUGCAACCGUACCAACACUACUUGCUUUCAGUAGGCAAGAGCCGCAACUGGACACCAAGGUUACUAGCUUGGAGCAGCUAAGAGACAAGACUUUCCUCCGUAAAUGGAUUGAAACGGAAGCAAGGCGAGGGGGCGAAGGUGGUGCUGGUGGCCGACUUUGGCCCUUUUAA